GCUCGGCAGGAGCCUGCGCGAGCGGUGGAUGCCCGCGGGCUGCCGGUGGUCCCUCUGGGAGCUCCUACAGGCUGGGUCCGCUCGGCCUCCGCACUCCCCGCGGCGGGAGCAGGCGACAGAGACUUAGGGAGUUCCUCUCUGCCUUGUAUGGAGGGCUGCGCCCGGGCCGUCCCCGCCCGGCUCUGACGCCCGGCCCUCCCGCUGCCCACCCACAGCCGCCUCCCCGAGACCCGCCCGGGGAAGGCAGCCCGAGCCCCGCUCCGGCCACCCCCAUCCCCGCAGCCGCCGCGUCCCCGCGCCGCCCCCUCCGCCCCCUCCGCCCCCGCCCCCGCCCUCUCCUCGGCGACCGAGGAUAAAUCAGGGAGGCGAGCGCUGGGAGCCAGAGCGUGCGGGCGCCGGCAGGCUGGCCGAGCUCCGUUUCCACAGUCGCCCUUGAUGGCGGCGCAGGCGAGGCAGCCGUGGCACGGAGCGGCAGCCACGCGCUAGAGAGUCCGCCCGGCACCGCCCGGCCCGCCUGUGCCCUGCCCGCUUCUCCCCGCGCGCCCUCCGGCAGACGUCGGCGCCCCGGCUCGGUCCCUCGGCCGCCGCGUGCAGCUCCGCCGCCUCCGGGCCGGCAGGGAGGGCACUGAUCUUCGAUCGCGAAGAUGGCUGCUGGCUGCCUGCUGGCCUUGACUCUGACACUUUUCCAAUCCGGGCUGAUCGGCCCCUCGAGCGAGGAGCCCUUCCCUUCGCCCGUCACUAUCAAGUCAUGGGUGGAUAAGAUGCAAGAAGACCUUGUCACACUGGCAAAAACAGCAAGUGGAGUGACUCAGCUGGCCGACAUUUAUGAAAAAUAUCAAGAAAUGUAUACUGUGGAGCCAAAUAAUGCACGCCAACUGGUGGAAAUUGCAGCCAGAGACAUUGAGAAACUUCUGAGCAACAGAUCGAAAGCCCUGGUGCGCCUGGCUAUGGAAGCAGAGAAAGUCCAAGCGGCACACCAAUGGAGGGAAGAUUUUGCAAGCAAUGAAGUUGUCUACUAUAAUGCUAAGGAUGAUCUUGAUCCUGAAAGAAAUGAGAGUGAGCCAGGCAGCCAACGUAUUAAACCUGUUUUUAUUGAAGAUGCUAAUUUUGGACGCCAGAUAUCCUAUCAGCACGCAGCGGUCCAUAUUCCCACGGACAUCUAUGAGGGCUCAACCAUAGUGUUAAAUGAACUCAACUGGACAAGUGCCUUAGAUGAAGUUUUCAAAAGAAAUCGAGACGAAGACCCUACAUUGCUAUGGCAAGUGUUUGGCAGUGCCACUGGCCUUGCCCGAUAUUAUCCAGCUUCUCCAUGGGUGGAUAAUAGUAGAACUCCAAACAAGAUCGAUCUGUAUGACGUACGCAGAAGGCCAUGGUACAUCCAGGGAGCUGCAUCCCCCAAGGACAUGCUUAUUCUGGUGGAUGUGAGUGGAAGCGUGAGCGGAUUGACUCUGAAACUCAUCCGAACAUCUGUCUCUGAGAUGUUAGAAACCCUCUCUGAUGAUGAUUUCGUGAAUGUCGCUUCAUUUAACAGCAAUGCUCAGGAUGUAAGCUGUUUCCAGCACCUGGUUCAAGCAAACGUAAGAAAUAAGAAGGUGUUGAAAGAUGCCGUGAAUAACAUCACAGCCAAGGGGAUAACAGAUUACAAGAAAGGUUUUAGCUUUGCAUUUGAACAGCUACUUAAUUAUAAUGUUUCCAGAGCUAAUUGCAAUAAGAUCAUCAUGUUAUUCACGGAUGGAGGAGAAGAAAGAGCCCAGGAGAUAUUUGCCAAAUACAAUAAAGACAAAAAAGUCCGUGUGUUUACAUUUUCUGUUGGUCAACAUAAUUAUGACAGAGGACCUAUUCAGUGGAUGGCUUGUGAAAAUAAAGGUUAUUAUUAUGAGAUUCCCUCCAUUGGUGCAAUAAGAAUCAAUACUCAGGAAUAUCUAGAUGUUCUAGGAAGACCAAUGGUUUUAGCUGGUGACAAAGCAAAGCAAGUCCAAUGGACGAAUGUGUAUUUGGAUGCUCUGGAGCUGGGACUUGUCAUUACUGGAACUCUACCAGUCUUCAACGUCACUGGCCAAUCUGAAAAUAAGACAAACUUGAAGAAUCAGUUGAUUCUUGGUGUGAUGGGCGUUGAUGUAUCUCUGGAAGAUAUUAAGAGAUUGACACCACGUUUUACACUGUGCCCCAAUGGCUACUAUUUUGCAAUUGAUCCUAAUGGUUAUGUCUUAUUGCAUCCAAAUCUUCAGCCAAAGCCUAUUGGUGUAGGUAUACCGACAAUUAAUUUAAGAAAAAGGAGACCCAACGUUCAGAACCCCAAAUCUCAGGAGCCAGUCACACUGGAUUUUCUUGAUGCUGAGUUAGAAAAUGAAAUUAAAGUGGAGAUUCGAAAUAAAAUGAUAGAUGGAGAAAGUGGAGAAAAAACAUUCAGAACUCUGGUCAAGUCUCAAGAUGAGAGAUAUAUUGACAAAGGAAAUCGAACAUACACAUGGACACCUGUCAAUGGCACAGAUUACAGUUUGGCCUUGGUAUUGCCAACCUACAGUUUUUACUAUAUAAAAGCCAAAAUAGAAGAGACAAUAACUCAGGCCAGAUCAAAAAAGGGAAAAAUGAAGGAUUCAGAAACACUGAAGCCAGACAAUUUUGAAGAAUCUGGCUAUACUUUCAUAGCACCAAGGGAAUACUGCAAUGAUCUUAAACCUUCAGAUAAUAACACUGAAUUUCUUUUGAAUUUCAAUGAAUUUAUUGAUAGGAAAACUCCAAACAACCCUUCCUGCAAUACAGAUUUGAUUAAUAGAAUCUUGCUGGAUGCAGGUUUUACAAAUGAACUUGUCCAAAAUUAUUGGAGUAAGCAGAAAAAUAUCAAAGGAGUGAAGGCACGCUUUGUGGUGACAGAUGGUGGGAUUACAAGAGUUUAUCCCAAAGAGGCUGGAGAAAAUUGGCAAGAGAACCCGGAAACCUAUGAGGACAGCUUCUACAAACGGAGCCUAGAUAAUGAUAACUACGUUUUCACCGCACCCUACUUUAACAAAAGUGGACCUGGUGCAUAUGAAUCUGGAAUUAUGGUAAGCAAAGCUGUAGAGCUGUAUAUCCAAGGAAAACUUCUUAAGCCCGCAGUUGUGGGAAUUAAAAUUGAUGUAAACUCCUGGAUAGAAAAUUUUACCAAAACUUCAAUCAGGGAUCCGUGUGCUGGCCCAGUUUGUGACUGCAAAAGAAACAGUGAUGUAAUGGACUGUGUCAUUCUAGAUGAUGGCGGAUUUCUUUUGAUGGCCAAUCACGAUGAUUACACUAAUCAGAUUGGACGUUUUUUUGGAGAGAUUGACCCGAGUAUGAUGAGACACCUGGUUAAUAUAUCACUUUAUGCAUUCAAUAAAUCCUAUGACUACCAGUCAGUGUGUGAUCCAGGGGCAGCACCAAAGCAAGGGGCAGGCCACCGCUCAGCAUAUGUGCCAUCAAUUGCAGACAUACUGCAGAUUGGCUGGUGGGCCACUGCUGCCGCCUGGUCUAUUCUCCAGCAGCUGCUCUUGAGUUUGACAUUUCCACGGCUCCUUGAGGCAGUUGAGAUGGAGGAAGAUGACUUCACAGCCUCCCUGUCUAAGCAGAGCUGCAUCACGGAACAAACCCAGUACUUCUUCAAAAACGAUACUAAAACUUUCAGUGGUUUACUGGACUGUGGAAACUGUUCCAGGAUCUUUCAUGUAGAGAAACUUAUGAACACCAACUUAGUCUUCAUAAUGGUGGAGAGCAAAGGGACAUGUCCAUGUGACACGCGGCUGCUCAUGCAAGCAGAACAGACUUCUGAUGGGCCAGAUCCUUGCGACAUGGUGAAGCAGCCCAGAUACCGAAAGGGACCUGAUGUCUGCUUUGAUAACAAUGUGCUGGAGGAUUAUACCGACUGUGGUGGUGUUUCUGGAUUAAACCCUUCCUUAUGGUCUAUCUUUGGACUCCAAUUCAUACUCCUUUGGCUGGUAUCUGGCAGCAGACAUUACCUAUUGUGACCUUCUAAACCCCAGAUCUGCAACUAAAUUCCAAGCCCUGCCAACACAUGAGCCCUCAGUUACAUUAAAAUAGAGACCACUGAAGAAGCGACACAGAACCUUAGCUGGGCCUCUACUAUGACGUAACUGUAAGGCUUAGAUUCUUGACCAUCUCUGGCUGCAUGUCAGGGUGUUGGAAACUGAAACUUGUGUGAAUAUGCUGCAUCAUCUCUGUCUAACAUCAAAGCAAAACUCUACUUGUUCUCUGUGGGAGGUUUGGGAGUUCACUGUUGCACUGUUAGAGAUUCUGUGUGAAAGGCUGUGUGAAAGGCUCCCCCACGCAGGCCUUAUGAAAAGAAGCAGUCUUGACUUUGACCUAGCAUUUCAACCUGCUGCAGGUUUACCAAGAGGAAGAAGAAGAAGAAAAGAAAACCCUAGUGAGGGCCAAUGAUAUUUUUGCCUUCACUUAUUUGAUGUUCAAAAGUAAUUCCUGCUGUGAGUAGUUAUUAAACAGAGAGAAGAAGGGAGGGAGAAAAACACAUUGGUUUAAACUGAUGAAAUACAAACUAAUGGCUAAUUUUCUACCAAAAAAAUUGCCAUGAAUAAAAUGCCUUAUAAAAGAAUGACUUCUCUGCCAAAAACUAAACACAACUGUGACCAGUUGAAUUUGGGUAAGGUCUGAAGUGCUGGUUUGAAACCAAGGACGGAAUGAGCUAAAGGUGCUUGUGGGUGGAAUUGGAAUUCAUGAUACAUUUCCUCAUAAAUGUAAGCCCUUAACUGCGUGAUGUAAUGUCCCUUUCGUUCACAAGUAAAGUCAUGUAGUGCUAGCCAGAUAUUUAACACGCUCUAAGAGAAGCUUGGUGGGGGGAGGGGAAAUGUUUUCCUUGUGGUUAAUGAACUUGGGUUGCCAAGGGUAUUUUGCAUGAUGCUGCUGCUAUUUUAACUUUCUGGUUUGUUUUUCUUCUUACUGUAGAGUAUAGUCCAUUGACAAGUUAACUGGGUGGCAUUAUUGUCAUGUAAGAAUCUGAACCUUGCAGUGUACAUGCACUUAAGUCAUCCUUAACAUAUUGUUAAACUACUCUGAAUAUACUGUGCGAUGUAAAUGCCGAACAACUGGGUUAGGCAGACGGCGAAGUGAGAAUUCAUGGAUUUUAUACAGACUCAUGCUUUUGCCUGAAAAAACCUAUGUACAGAUAUUUUAAGUACAUAAAUCAGAUUUAACACAUUUAUUUUUUGAAAGGUACAUAUACGUUCUCAAUGGAGAUUUAUCCUAGGUUUCCUCUAUGUUCGUUUCAAUAGUAGCAUGUACAAUCUAGAAACUGCUGCUCUUGCUGCUUCUGUCCUCCAUUUUGGUAUGAUCAUAUGACCAAAAUUCCGAUACAACUUUAUGAGGGUUUUUACAUUAACCUGAACAAAUAGGAAACCUUGAAUCUAUGUGUAUGCACAUGAACACUUGAUUGUGAAUAAUAAAAUUUGUUUUUAUACAGCCUCAUUGGUGAAAAGCAUUAGUGUAGUAGAUCAGAAAUUUCAUUAUAGAUUAAUAUGGUAGCAAAACUUUAUGUUUCUAAAAAUUAUUUUCAGGAAUAAACAGUAUUUGAAGAAUGGGUAAAAACAAUGAAUGUGUCUAGGGGAAGUAAUUUUACUGUAAGCUGAAAAGUAUACAUAUAUUUUUUAUGAUAAAUGAACUUUUCUUUUCUUUUUUAGUUAAACAUGCCAAGUAUUGGUGUGUGCAUAUGCUGGAAUUUUUCACAUAUAUCAUUUUUCCAUCUGAGUUAUUUGCAUUCUCCAGCAUACUUUAAUAUGCUCCACAUAUCAACGAUAAAGUCAACACUUUAACAUAGUUUAUUGUUUUGUUUAUAGCUUUGUAUCCACUGUAAUUCCUUCCUACCACCACGAUAUCCUGAGUAACAUUUGUGUACAUUUUGUAAGUUAAUAUUUUGCUUUAACUCAAAAGGGAGGGAAGAACAAUUGGAGUCACUCUGCCAACUAUUGUCCUAAGAAAUGACAUCAGUCACCACUUCUAAUGCGUUGUCAUUUUUUAAUCUAUUCAUAACUGCUGUUCACAUUUUAGAAAAUAAGAAGGUGGUGUAAAGGUAGAGGAAAUAUGUUUAAGUCAUGCUGUUUGUCAAUUACUUCAAAUGUAUUAUUACCUUCAGCUAGGCUGUUUUAAAUCAUGCACAUGUUGAGGAAGGAAAGUGCUAGUUUGCACAUAUAAGUGAUGCACAUAAAAACAUUGAAUCACUUCUAGUAAACAACAAUCUACCUUAGAUUAUGUUUCAAGUAUUGACUAUGUACUUCAUGGCUAAUGUCAUUACAGAGUGUAGUAACACAAAUGAAAUUAUUGUUCUAUGAAUCACUUGUUGAACUUGACAUCUCUUGGUAGAGCCCUGUUUGGUUUGAGUUCUACAUCAUUACAACCAUAUACAUGGUGACAAAUUGGGCACGAACACACCCUCUGACUAAAAUUUGCUUUCACGACAGAUAUGAAUAUUUCUGCUUUCACAUUGUUUUAAUGACAGUAACACUCAACCCAUCAAAAUUACUAUAUUAAAUUUCACAUUUUUCUGCAAAUUCUGUUGACAAAAAAAGUAUAGUCUGUUAUUCCCAAAACAGAACUAUAUAAAAGAUCAUUUUAAAAAGCUUUUAAACUGUUUUUCCUUAGUUAAUUGUUGCUAUACUCAUGUAGCUCAGUGCACUUUGUCACGUAAAUGAAGUCAGAACAAGUCCUGCAUUGGUGUUGAGUAGCAGAAAAGAAUUUUUGCAUAAAUGGUUUCAUCUUUUCUUCAUUUGAACAACCAGCAUUACUGCCAAACACCAAUCGUGGUCCAUAUUUGUACCAGGUUUUUAACAUGACAUAGUUAGCAAGUUUGAUUGAAGAGAUUUUUAGGUCCAGGGCCUACGAGAUUUUAGUAUGGUCUUUUUUCAUGUUUCUAAUGCUUGAAGCAUUAUUGCUUACCUUGGGAAACAUAGCGUUCCUGCCAUUUGUAAGUUUUCCUAUAUAUACUAUUCCUUUUAUUAACUGUAAAACUGGCCUUACGGGGUUCAAAUAGGCAGUAUCCCUUUUAAGUGACCUUUGCAACCCAAGUGUUACUUGCUUAUUUGAUGCUCUCUUGUACUUUAUAUCUCAUUUGAAUGCCUGUCUUGGAGCCACCAAAGCUUAAAUUCUACAUCUUACUUUAAAACUAACGGCAUAGAGUCUAACCUAGCGAGACACAAUGGAUUUUGUGAUUUUUUUUCCCACUUGCCCCAAAUUCCAAAUAUUUUAUCAUUAGCUGGAACUUGCAUUGUUUUCCAUGGCAGAACGUUGAUAUUCAGUGUACAUUUCUGUAAAGAGCAAAUCUAAAACAGAACUAUCAGAUGAUGAAAAUGUCCAGGAUUUUGCAGAAAUAGAUAGCUGUUACUGUGGUCUCAUCUACCUUGGUUUUAGUUCGCAUAAAAAAGAACCAUGGAAAUUCCACUGAGACUCUUGGCAUGUUGUCCUGUUUAGAUGCCAACUGAGUUUCCAAUGUGACCUGGCAAAGCUGUCCUUUCCUUGUGCAGUAUGACUGUGGGAUCAUGUUUUAGGGAUUCUUUUCAUGAAAUGCUCAUUGUGCAUCAAGCAAAACGCCAAGUGGCUUUUGUGAACAACACGUUUUUGUUUUGUUUUUCCUCCCCUUAUUAUGUUCUCUGGAAACUUUUGUGGAAAUUAACUAGUCGGAUGAACACAUUUUGUAAAAAUUUGUAUAAUACUGUUAUAAAAAAUAUUUAUAAUCCCAGAAAAUGUUGUGUUAAAUCUUGUGCAAAAACAGUAUAUUCAGAAUAAAAGUUUAUCAUUGAAAGUCGCCA